ACGGCGUCCGCCGCCACUAACAUGCCUUAUAAAAAGGAACGCAGAUCGUGGAACGUCAUUCGUGUGCUAACCGAUCCAUUACAUUUACAAUUUUUCUCGACCGUUUUGCUCGCGAUCGUUUUGUCUUUAUUCCGUCCGUUUAAAUCCGUUUUUUUAUUUACAGUUAAUUUUAGCUGAUUUUCUCGAUAGACCCAAAACACUAUGGAUAGAUAUAUUAUUGCAAAUAUAAUAUCAAUUUUGCUUAUUAUAAUCUCCUCCGUGGCGGCAGAAUCAAUUAUAUCAGAAGAAGAGACACGCAAAAUCUUGCGUUUUCAGAGAUCAAUAUGUCCUCCAGUUGGACAAAUGAACGAAUUUGAGUUAACGACUUUACAAACUACGACGAAAAUGUUCGGAUGCGUUUACCUGGGACUCGACAAGCCAAGUAGCCCUGUACCAUUGUUUCAUUUGUGGGUGGAAGAUCCACAACUCGUGGUAGACAAAAAUAUAGACAUGCGUGGAAGUUGUCGCCGCACGCAUCAGAUGGACCACUUCAUGUUCAAGUGUUUGUCAAGAUUUAUACCAACUGAUGAAGUCGAAUAUAAAAACAACUGGAGCUAUACAUCACUACAGGAAUAUACUGCAGCUGAUCAAUAUGAAAAUGUAACCACAAGGAAAGUCUACAGAUGUGCCAUGUACCAUAUGGUUAACGAUCUCGAAAUGGAAAUUAGAUCAAUUCGGAUGGUGAUUAGUAAGCCUGUAACAGGAGAACAAUUUGAUAUAAGACAGUGCGAUGGAUUAUCGGCUCUUUUGGGACGGGAAGAUUUGCCAAUGCUCCCCAAGGGAAUGCGAUAUUGGCCGGACGGAUCCAUGCUCCUAUUUUUAUUAGGAAAAGAGCCAGACUCCCGAAACUUCAACCAAUACAUGGAUUACUAAAUGGAUUGCAAUUACUAAUUUUUUCUAGAGGAGCCAGGAUAACGGCACCAUGAAAGGGCUUCUACAAAAAUAUAAAUUAAUUGUACACUCUCAGCUCACCCGGAGUUUCAUAUAUUAUAUAAGUGUAUGUAUAUAUGUAUAUAUAUAUAUAUAUAUAUUUAUGUACACAUAUACUAUGCUAUGGAAAGUAGCCUCCGGGUUUCUGAGAGUUCUGUAAAUAUUUGUAAGUUAUAAGUUAAUUAAUAAACGAUGGCGGCGUUAAAGAGAAGUAAUUCGCAAGAUGUCUCGGCAACUUCGUCAAUACCACAAAAAAAAAAUAGUAAAAGUUACUAGUCUUCUCACUACAACUAUUAAGAUCAGUCGUGGUCGUCCAACUGAAACUACAUGAACAAAAUCUCAUUAUAAUGUAGAUGAUUU